AUGACCCCAUCGCCAGAUGGGAUGCACUUCCGCAAAGUGGUGUCGCAUGUCUUCGGCCGCAACAAGGCCUCAACCAAGCUCUUCCCACCGAGCGUAUGGGUGCAUUACUGCCGGAAGCACUACCAGCGUGCCAGAUACAGGGCCGACCAAUGGCCAUUCACGCAGUGCGAGCUGCUCGUCGAAUCACUCAACCGGAUGCAGACGUGGGGAGGCGUGGAGAGCUUCGAGUUGAUUCUUCGGCGCCGUGAGAUGUUGCGGGUGGACAAUGGGGACGACAGCUCCGACAAUGCGAGAGCGUCCAAGACCUCAAAGAAGGCACCGAGUGGACGCAAGAACCCCACGGCGAUCAUUGCGCCAGUGCCAGACUGGCUUCGCGCGCACGUGGGCCGAGACAAGACCUUUGAGGAUAUUCGCCAGAUCGUCUCCCGGAUCCGCCAGCAUCUGCUGAUGGUCCGUGACGCCGAGCGAGCCCGGAGCGUCCAGCAGUCGACUGACGGCCCAGCAACCGCCAAUGGUUCGCAGCACGGCGUUCCGUACCGACGAGGCGGUAUGGCGGCUGCUGCUGCUGCUGCCGCCGCUGCCACGACCGGCACUGCGAAUUCGAACAAUAACGGCACCGGCAGCCACCGUCGCCAGCAGGCGAGCCGCGUUCGGUUCCCGGACAUCGAAGUUCUGCCAACCUUCCGGCCUUGGGUGCUCGAUGCAGCGCUCCAGGAGAGGGGCAGCGGCGAGCACCCAAGUGAGCACGAGGGCGCGAAUGGACAUGUCCGGGGUGAAACCGGCCGGCUGGGUCAUGGCGACGAGGCCGAUGCCCCGGGUGCCCACGAUGGAGAAACCAUGGUCCCCGGACCAGACCUUGCAGAUCUUCCGGAAUCUCAGAAUAGGACCUCUCGGAGGCUGUUCUUGCGAAUUUCGAAGCGCGGGUCUGUCAAGAAACCCAGAGACCGUGGGGACUUCUGA